AUGGCAUCACGUGGUUACCAUCAAGAACCAUCUGCACCACCUAUGUAUCCAGAAGUUGAUAAUAUUCGUCCAAUACCACCCACUCGAUCUGAAUUUGAUCGAUAUACACAACAAGAAACUCUUUUACCACCUGAACCACCAAAACGUUUCGAUGAACCACCAUCUCAUUCACCUGCCAACGUUAGAUUAAGAAUGAAUGAUCUUACAUACAACUAUAAUCGUUAUGCAACAAAAAAGACAAUCGGUCAUCUUGUCAUGAUAAUCGCUUUGCUUAUGAGUAAUGCUAUGCACUUACGAAUGUUAAUAUUACAAAAACAACAUGAUGGCAUAUGGAUAGCAUCUCUUAUACUUGUUUGUAUAUCGAUAUUAUUGCAAAUUGGUUUAAUUUUUAUUCUGUAUAUUAUUGCUAAAGGUGAUAUAAGAAAUCCUCAUAAACAAAUCGAACUAGGACGAAAUAAUAAUUAUGCACUUAUUAUUAUUAUAAUUGUAUCUAUUAUUAAUGUUAUUAUUAAUUUAUUUAUGUUAACAACAAAUUCAAAAAGUUUUCUAGAUAAACGUUCAUUAGAAAUAUUACAAAAUCAGAAUUAA